AUGAAUCCUGUCUAUAGCCCUGGGUCUUCUGGGGUUCCAUAUGCAAAUGCCAAAGGUAUUGGAUAUCCUGUUGGCUUUCCAAUGGGAUAUACUGCUGCAGCUCCUGCUUACUCACCCAGUAUGUACACUGGUGCAAAUCCUGCCUUCCCGUCAGGAUAUACGCCAGGAACGCCAUACAAAGUAUCAUGUUCUCCCACAAGCGGGGCUGUGCCACCUUAUUCUUCUUCCCCAAAUCCCUACCAGACUGCAGUAUACCCAGUACGAAGUGCCUAUGCUCAGCAAAAUCCAUAUGCACAGCAAGGAACAUACUACACACAGCCUCUGUACGCAGCUCCUCCACACGUAAUCCAUCACACCACUGUUGUGCAACCAAAUGGAAUGCCUGCAACUAUGUAUCCUGCACCCCUCCAACCUCCUAGAGGUAGUGGGGUGGCUAUGGGGAUGGUAGCUGGGACCACCAUGGCGAUGUCAGGUACAUUGUUGACCACCCAUUCACCCACAGCAGUAGCUCCUCACCAAGUCACAAUGCCUGCAUACCGGCCUCCAGGGACACCAACUUAUAGUUAUGUCCCACCACAGUGGUGA